ACUCUUUCUUUUUUGUACUUUGAUAUAAAAUAAAGUACUUCGAUUUAUUCUUUUCAAUUCAUUUUCUCCUCCUCAAUCAACGCGGUGGUAACAUAGUAGGACGGUCCCCAACUUUACGAUAUACGACAUACGAUAUACGAUAUUCAUGGCUUUUCGAUCCCCCGUUCGACGAUUAGUAUCUACUACUACUACUAGAAUACGAGGUAUAUCCUCUCAAGCGACAACAACGUCGAAUCUAUCACACAGUGUUCAAGAAUCCAUUUCUCACGAAGCUUCCCUACCGAACCCAGAUCCAUCAGAUGAUUCAGCCAGUGCAUCUUUAAUUAAUGAACACUCUAAAUUCAUGCUAGCGACGUAUGCUAGACCACCACCGGUAUUUGUCAAAGGAGAAGGUUCCUACUUAUGGGAUUUAGAAAAUCGAAAGUAUUUGGAUUUCACGGCGGGGAUCGCAGUCAAUGCGCUUGGACAUAGCAAUCCUGGUCUUGCGAAAGUCCUUUCCGAUCAGGCUCAUACAUUAUGGCAUGCUUCCAACCUCUAUUACAAUCCAUGGACAGGAGCUCUAUCCCAACUUCUAGUCGAAAAAACCCUCGAAUCCGGUGCUAUGCAUGACGCUGCAACAGUUUUCGUAUGCAAUUCCGGCUCCGAAGCCAACGAAGCUGCCAUUAAAUUCUCUCGAAAAGUUGGCAAGGUCUUAGAUCCUUCCGGUGCCAAAUACGAAUUCGUUUCCUUCCAUAAUUCGUUCCACGGUCGUACCAUGGGCAGUUUAUCCGCGACUCCCAAUCCCAAAUACCAACAACCUUUCGCUCCCAUGUUGCCAGGUUUCAAGUACGGUACAUACAACGAUAUUGAAGCAAUCGACGAUCUCGUAACGGAUAAAACUUGUGGUGUGAUAAUCGAACCUAUUCAAGGUGAGGGAGGAGUCAACGUUGCUAGCGAUGAAUUCCUCAUUGCUCUAGCCAGGCGAUGUCGUCAAGUUGGAGUAGUACUCAUCUAUGAUGAGAUUCAAUGUGGUCUGUCAAGAACUGGUACUCUUUGGGCGCAUAGCCAUCUUCCCAAGGAGGCACAUCCUGAUGUCCUUACCACGGCCAAAGCGCUCGGUAACGGUUUUCCCGUCGGUGCCAUUAUUGUCAACAAUCAUAUUAGUGAAAAGAUCAAGAUUGGUGAUCAUGGUACGACCUUUGGUGGUAACCCUAUGGCAUGUCGAUUGGCUCAUUACGUGGUUUCUCAACUGUCCGAUCCAAAGUUGCAACAAGACGUUCUUUCCAAGUCAAAGAAGUUCAUCGAGGGGUUUCAGAGCUUGAAAGAACGAUACCCUGAUCUAAUCACCGAGGUUCGCGGUAAAGGUUUGAUUCUUGGUUUACAAUUGACUCAAGAUCCUUCACCUAUAGUGAAGGCAGCUAGGGAAAGGGGAUUGUUGGUGAUUACAUGCGGAACUAAUACACUCAGAUUCGUUCCACCACUCACGAUUAACGAUGAGGAAAUUAAGAGUGGGUUGAAUAUUCUAGAGGAGGCCAUUAAAGCUACUCGAUAAUUUUUAUUCUUCAUAUCAGCAAGGUGUUGAGGUUUAUUAAAAGAAGGGACUCUCUUUUCGGCUAGAUUCGAGAUACGUGUUACGAUGAACUCUUUCUAUACGUUUAAUAGAUAUUCUACCCUCGAUGGGACGGGUAUAGGAGACGAACCAGCGUCGAUUAUCAUAAACAUUCCAU